AUGCGACAGCAGAAUCGAAGACGUCGCCCCGGAGGGUGGAGUGUUGCUGGUGGCGGAUCGAAAGGCAGUGUGGCUGGUGGCGAGGGUUCGGUGAGGGGUAGGAGAAGAGGUGCACGAGUCGCCUCGGCAGUUGGUGGUGGCGGACUGGCCUUUGCCUCGGGGACUGGUGUUAGGCAUCCGGGAGGCCUGUAUAAGAGACGUUUGCGCAACCACCUGGUCAUGCAGCUGAUCCGCUCCAAUAAGCCGAUACCGCCUAGUAGUAGAUUCACGGCACAGGACUAUUUGGCGGCUGAGCGGUCCCUUACGUGGAGACGAGCCAGAGAUGGGGUAUCUGGUGUGGCGGAGAGAGGCCGGACUAAUUCUCAUGAUGAGAUGUAUAAAUAUGCUAGGGUUGGUCGAAUGUCGAAUAUGUGGGAUUAUUGA